ACUUUCCGUAGAGAAACUCAAGCUAUACAGCAUUACUAGAAAGAGUUCAGAGGCUCAAGAAGAUGGCAGUGCGGAAAACAAGACAAAAAUUAAGGCAGAUAGAGUCCCAUGUAUUGUAAACGCGAAUGAGACUCUUUUGGAUGAUAGUGUUUUUAAAGACGAAAAAGUGGUUUAUACUGGAACUGAUAAUGGUAUCGUGUACAUGACGGAAACAGUCGCAUUCAAAGCUAGUCGCUUCAAAUUUCACAUUGACUUGUACAACAAGUAUUCUAUUCUUGAUAAUCUGCUUGAGGAAGACUCCUUCGAAGUAGUAUGUCCAUCAGACCACCUGAAACUACCCAACUCAUUUAAAAUAAAGUCUGCACAACUUGAUCACGGCACUGGUGCCAAGAAAUGUAGGAGACAAUUGGAACGAGCCAAGAAACUAGCUAGUAAUGUUAGUGUAGUUGAGGGAGAAAAGGAUCAGUCUACCGCAGGAUACUACAAUGCUACUAGUGUGGGGGAGCUGGAGCUGGCAUUUGCUCAACAUGUUCGUACAAGAGAGCAAAGCAGGAACCUCUACUACUCUCAUUCUAGAAUGAAGCAACAGAGACGCUACGAGCUUCAAAAGCAGAAGUACAGUGAUCAGAUAUGUUCUGAUGAACGAUCAGCUUUAAGAAAACUAAAAAGAAUCCUAUCAUGUUUAUUGGAGAUAGAGGGCAUGGAGUUGGCUCACCGAUCAAAGGUCACCUAAGAUAUGGAGGUCGGUGGAAAGAAAUGAAACACUCUCGCUAUACUCAAGUUAUCAUUACGAAUGAGCACAAUACCUUCCAAACUUGCCGGU